GGCCCACUCCAGGGAGCACCCGGUGGAAAACAACCUGCCUCCAGAAGGACAAUUAUUAAAGGCUGGAGAGGGGGCCGCCCCCUCUCGGCGCACGAACGUACGCAGGGUGGGUAGAGCCGCGCCUGCCAGCACCCUCCGUGGAGACGGCGCGCGCAGGCUCCUGUGCUGCGGGCGCGGCUCCUGGAGCCCGGCGCCGCUCCAGCACUGGCUACGCAGUGCCCCGGGCGGCCGAGCUUCCCCCACGGAGCUGGCACCUUGCAUGCGCGAACCUGCUGACAUGACUGAUCAUGGGGAUGAUGAGCUGUCCUCUAGGACAGGGAGUCCAGACAGGGAAGGUCGGCUCUCUGAGGACAGAUCCUUGCUCCACCAGAAUCUGGCCGUCAGGGAACUCAUUGACACCGAGGUCUCCUACCUGCACGUGCUCCAGCUCUGUGCCUCGGACAUAAGGAGCCGCCUGCAGCAGCUGCCACAGGGAGAUCUGGAUGUCCUGUUCUCAAACAUCGAUGAUAUCCUCAAGGUGAACAGCAAAUUGCUCCAUGAUCUGCAGGAGACAGCCUCCAGGCAAGAGGAACAAGUGCAGCUGAUUGGUAACUUAUUCCUGGAAUUCCAAGAGGAAUUGGAGCAAGUCUAUAAGGUGUAUUGUACCAGCUACGAACAGGCCUUGCUGCUGGUGGAGACCUACCGGAAGGAGCCAGAGCUGCAGCAGGAGAUCCAGGACGUCAUUGAGGCAGUGCUGCCUCAAGCUGGACCCUCAGGCCUCAGUUUCUUGCUGGUAAUUCCUCUGCAGAGGAUUACCAGAUACCCAUUGCUGCUGCAGAAAAUUCUGGAGAACACACUCCCUGAUGCAAGUGCCUACCCGGUCCUUCAGAGGGCUACCUCUGCCCUCCAGGAUGUGGUCACCAACAUCAAUGAGUACAAGAGGCGCAAAGAAGUUGCCUCCAAGUACACCAAGGUGGAGCCGCUGAGCCUCCGGGAGCGACUGGCCCGCAUCAAUACGCACACACUUUCCAAGAAGACCACCCGGCUGAGCCAGCUGCUGAAGCAGGAGGCGGGGCUCGUACCCAAGACAGAAGACAAGGAAUUUGAUGAUUUAGAAGAGAGAUUCCACUGGGUGUCGCUGUGUGUGACUGAGUUGAAAAAUAAUGUGGCUGCUUACCUGGAUAAUUUGGAGGCUUUCCUCCGCUUCCGGCCCCAGGAAUAUGACCUGGACAUCCCCGGGGGGCCUGUGGUGCAGUACUGUUACCUGGCAAGAGACCUGCAGCUCCAGGCCUUCCCUGCGUUUCAGCGGCUGGAAGCCCUGGUGUGGCAGCCAUUGUGCAGCCUGGCCAAAGCCUUGGCCGGCCCUCAGAAUCUGAUCAAGAAGCGUCUGGACAAACUACUGGACUUUGAGAGGGUGGAAGAGAAGCUGCUGGAGGUGGGCAGCAUGACCUACGAGGAGGAGGCGGCCCGGCACACGUACCAGGCACUCAACUCCCUGCUAGUGGCUGAGCUCCCACAGUUUAACCAGCUGGCCAUGCGGUGGCUGGGCCAGAUCCUGUGCACAUUUGUGACCCUCCAGAGGGACCUUGCAGAGCAAGUGCUGCAGAGGACAGAGGGCAGCUUGGCCCAGCUCCCCCACCACCACAUCUCUGGGUCGGCCUUCAGGGAGCUGGUGGAGGAUGCACUGGGCCAGAUGGGUCACCAGCUUCGCUCCUUUCAAGAGAACUUUGAGAAAGUGCUGCCACCUCCCACCACACAGCCACUCCUUCCGGGGGCUGAACGCCAGGUGCAGGCUCUCCUGAAUAGGUAUGGCGCGGGAAAGCUGUACCAGGUGACAAGCAGUAUCAGCGGGGCUGGGACUCUGGACCUGACCCUGCCUCGGGGCCACAUCGUAGCCCUCCUUCAAAACAAGGACACCAAAGGCAACAGCAGCCGAUGGCUGGUGGACACUGGAGGACAUCGAGGGUACGUGCCCGCUGGGAAAUUGGAGCUGUACCGCAUGCUGCCCAGUGAGGAGGAGCUCAGAGGGCAGGCAAGGCCUCCCAGGGACUCCCACCGUCAGACACCAGCGCCCACCUCAGCACCGAUCCCCUCGGUCCCAACCGUGACCCAGGUGGUGGCCGUGUACCCCUUUGUGGCCAGAAGCAGCCAUGAAGUGAGUCUGCAGGCAGGCCAGCGGGUGACUGUCCUGGAGGCCCAGGACAAGAAGGGGAACCCGGAAUGGAGCCUUGUGGAAGUGAACGGGCAGAGGGGCUAUGUGCCUUCCAGCUUCCUGGCCAGGGCUCCAGGUCCAGCUCCAUGGGGCUGGAGUCUGCCAUCCUAGGGUGCCAUCCUUGGAGCCCAAGUUCCAAGAGGCUUAGAGGCUGUGACCCUGGGACAGGAAAGGAAUACAGAGAAGGUGGGGGUAGAUAGGGAGAUCAGGCCAGGGUGGGGUGAAGGGCAGCCAGAAGAGGUAGGUGGGCCUUGCAGCGUGCCAGGCGUGGGUGGACAUGAAAGGCUCCAACCAGAACAGCUCAUUAUGUCUGCAUGCAGAGGGCGUUCCAACCAGAGUCACAACACCCUGGAUGGCGGGUCACAGCUGGUCAGCCAGAACUCGCUUAUGGCCAAUCUUACCUGUGCCCCCGUCCAGUGCCGCCCACAGGCGUGGGUCACCCAGGUGAGCGUUACCUGUGUGCUGUGUGGUUGGGUGCUGGAGAGUCCAGAACCGCCUGGCCUGACAGUUCACUUCCUUCCUGUGGUAUAAAGAGACACCACCGCCGACCAGUCAGCUUUUAUUUCUCCACCCCGGGAGCUGAGUUAUCUUGGGCGAUGAACCCCUGGGAGCCCUCUCUCGCGGGGGAGCGAGGGCUUGUCGGGGCAGUGGAGACGUCCCGGGAGACUUUUGGCUGGGCCGGGGAGUGGGUGUGAGCAAAUCACGAUUCUGGAAUGUGUUUAGGCAAAUGCAGAGGCUGCUCAGGGAAGAGAGGAUUUUUGAGGGUGUGUUGGGUGGGGUGUGUGAGCCUGUUGGCAGCACUUGUAUGCUGCUGCUGUGUUCUCUGGACUAGGAGACUCACAGAGGGGCUUGCAAAUCAGAGAGGAAACUCUGUGAAGCAGGUAACUAAAGGCCUGGUGGGUGGGUAAUGACUUGGUUUCCUGUUUCUGGAAGAAAGGGAGCCAGGGGAACCCCUGGUGGUUUCAGGAGGCUGCUGAGGGCCUGGAGGCAGUAGUGGAGGUGAGGUCAGUUGGCUGUGGCACCUCAGACAUAGGACACAACCUCAGUUUUCCCAUCUAUAAAGACCUAACUCAUAGGCUUGUGGUGAGAAUGACAUGAUGCUGAGGAUGUGGAAGCUUCUUGCAAAUCAUGAAGUGUGAUAUAAAUGUAAAUUGCAGGAUGUGCAGGACAUGGUCUCAGAAUGGCCACAGCCGUCAGCUGGCCACUCCCCACGCCCACGGCCGUGACCAACGUCAUUAAUCAAUGUGGCAUCCUUUCCCAUAAACCCAGGAUCCCUCCCAGUGCUGCAUUCUAGGUAACCAAACUCUUGAACUUGGUGGAAUCAAACUUACUGUCAUCCCUUUCUAGAACUUAGAAAUUGAAGCCCCUCAAGACAGUUCCUAUUUGAGGAAUACAGACCAUUGGGGUGUAGCCGCUGUUGGAUCAUCUCUAGGUUGUCGCUUUGAACUCAGAUAAAUUGCAAGAUUAGCAGGAGAGGGAAAGGUGAUCCAGUGUAACUUUUAAAACAAAUUACAAAUCUUGGAACCAACCCACAUUAGAGUGUGUGUAAAAAUAUGUGGCAGUUUAAACUUAAUUCCAAGAACAUCUCUGUAUUGUAACUGUGGUGCCUAAAACUGUUAGCUCUGGUUUUUGGAGAGCCUUUAAGACGUGUAUACAGGUCUGUGUCAGUCUGUAACUUACCUCCUCUGGGCUUGUGAAAGCAUGAAGGCUGCAUCCAUAAUGCAAGAGAAACCCAGUCCCCACCAUCCCUCUCCCAGCACCAAAUUCACUCUCCAAGAUGCUCAGGACUCAUUUUCCUUUCUCUUCCCUGCUCAGAUUUCUGAUACAAACUGGAAGCACAGGGGAGCAGAUAAUAAAAUAGGAUCCAGUUGUGUUUCCACAAUACUUAUGAGAGCCUGCUGUGUACGAGAACCCUGGCUCAGGGCUUUUCAACGUGACUGCCCACUGCUUGCACUGGGGCAGGUUUCAACUAUGACUGAAGCCAGGAUCCCACUCAGAGAUGCUGAUGUAAUUGGUCUGGGGUGUGGCCCAGCUUCAGGAAUUCAGAGAGCUCCUCAAGUAUUUCUAGUGUGUGGCCAGGGUUGGGGAUCUCUGUCCUAGAUACACAGUGGUGGAUGAGAUAGACCCAGGGUCAGAAGUGGUCACAAGCUGUGAGCUAGGACCUGCCCCGUCUGAACUUUAUACCUGCUCAGAUGUUUCAAACAGGCAGCUUAAGAGGAGGUUUGAAGUAGUACAGCCUGUUCUGUCAGGUCCAAGAAUGUAUAUUUAUUAAGUGCCAUUAAAAGGGACCUGAACAAAACCGGAUGUUCUUGUACGCAUAAGGGAGAAAACCGAAAUACACUUGGAACCAAAUCUAUCUCAUGAGUGGAAAAUAAAAAUGUAUUCAGUAGCACAUGGGUUAUGGUUUCUCAUAGACCAGGGGAUGAGAUUAAAAGUCACUGAAGAGGGAGGCAAUGCAUAAUUGAGAAGACGGAGAAUGGCCUGAAUCGUCUCCAGGGGACUCUGUGUAAUGUGCCUCCGCUCCCCCACCCUCACCCCCCACCACCAAAUGCCUAGAACUAUUGCACUGUGUCUUAUUUAUUUCAAUGCUGGACUGUCACAUAUUAGACUUACAAAGGUAUUUGCCUGUGAAUUGAACAAGACUUCUAAGAGCUGAAGAUUGAUUCACAAGGGUGUCUCUUGCUCCCUGCAAUGGAGUGAGAUCUCUUUAACCUUUUGGGCUCCAAUCUCGUUUUAGACAUGAGGACAAGAUUACAAUAUCAAAGGAAAGACGAAUGAAUUCUUGGUUAAUGUGGUGCUCUCUGUCUAACUUGGUGAAUAACUGAUGUCAACUAUUGGGAAUAAAGGACUUAAAGAUGA